CGCGCUUUGACAACGUCCCUCCUUACACAGUCACGUGAUACGUGCCGCCAUCGGCCGUUCGUGUUUUUUGUUGUUGGUGUUUUGUCAGGACGCGUUUGCAUCGCUUGAGCUGGCCCUGCUGAAAAUGCACAGGGGUCCCGCUUUCGAGCUGCCGUCGGUGUGGGCGGCCAAACCAAACCCUCCGAAGGAAAGCCUUUUCGAGUCCUUGGAACGCCGCGAGCCAACGAGGGCGCUACGGUGCAAGGUCAGCGGCGACCUGGAAGCUAGGGGCUCGGCGGAGCACCCCCCGGGGACACCGCUGUGGUCCGUCUUCAACUGCGGCUACCGCCGGGAGCAGGACGCGGUUUGGGCGGCGACUCGUUUCGGGCACACGGACCGAGAAGCAACGAGCCAGGAGCAAUCAUCCUCGUCGGUGACGGUCCAAUCGAACGGCAAAGACGGCGUCUCCCCUACCCCGGCCACCGCCGACCCUACAGCCGUGGCCGCUCCGGGAGGCCAAGCGCGAACGGCGCCGGCGGUGACGGUCGACGCCGCCCACUUCCCCACCGCCGGAGGCAUGCUGAGGGAUGCUCUCGGCUCGCUGGCGCCGGCCGGGUCGCCGCCACCACCCCCGUCGCUGCUGUGGGUGGACCUCCCGUGCGACCCGCCGAAUGACUUCGACGGCGACGGCGGGGACAGGCAAUGGAGCUCGCUGGCCGAGGUGGACCGCGCGGUGUCCCAGCUGUACGACAAGAUGGCUGAGGGGACGCUCCUGGUAGUGGUGUGUCAGGGCGCCCUCACCUCCAUGGUGAACCUGGCGGCGAAAAGGAUCAAGAGCAAGUGGGACGCCACCAGCAAGGAGAGGAUGGACACCAUUGCCGGGAAGAAGAGAGAUCAUUCGCAGCUUUCGACGUUCGACCGUCGGGACGAGGACGACCUCAUGACGGCCACCAGCGAGUGCCUCAACGGGAUGUGCUUUCUCGCGUCCAAGUAGAGGUAGGGGGACAGAACAGAACAGAUCUUGUGAGGCUGCCGAGGGAUGUCUUUGUGUUGCGUACUCGCACCAGGCCCGGGGCUGCCUCGCGGUGCGUGAAGUCGUAGGUGGAGACGUUCUUUUUCUAAUCGGCAGUCUAUUUCUUCCCAUUCAGUCUCCACGCUGAUAACUGUGUCAUGGUUGUGAAGGCUUACGUGAGCACAGAGGUACGCUAGUUACCCGCAGGUCUGCAUGCAGCAGACUGAUGUACUGUGCUUCCGGGCGGAGGCGGUUGUUCCGUUUCAAGGAUGGACAGCGAGAUACGUACUUUAUGAGAUGUCGAGGGACCGUUGAAUCGGAUUUAGUUCGCCUUGUCGCGCACUACAUAAAGCAGAUAAUCUCUUUGUUGGUCUCGAAAAAAAGCGCUGUAAUAGUUGAUGGUUAGAUUUAGACGUCCCGCGGAGGGCUGCCCACCACUUUGGGGGUGAAGAACGGUUGAUCCAGCAGUCUUUUCCAAACGUUUCCCCUAGUUGAAAAUUGGGAUUUAGCCAGCACAAUCCCGCACAAAAGC